AUGGCAGCACGAAUGCUGGCGCCAAAGGCUCCCAAUCGCAGCUGGGAACUGGAACGGGGGGAAGUACAAUGGCUGGUGUGGCAGCUGUGUCAUCGCCAGGCUUUGUUGUCAGUUGAGCCUUCCAAGGAUGAGCUGGAGGAGUGGUGGUGGAAGUGCCAAACUUUCAGGGUCAGCGCUUUGAUCAGCGCCAUUGAGCAGCAGCUGGAGAGCAGUUGGAACGGCCAGCAUGACUGGCGGCCGCCCUUUCGUGCCCUCCACCUUUUGGAGCACCUGCGGACCAAGCCCUGCGCGGCUGAGGUGACCAAGGUGAGCCUUCGCAAGCUGCAGCCGCUGCUGGCCUUCCUCCAGGGUGAGCUGCCCCAGUUCUACGGAGUCACGACGCGGCUCCUUUUCUUCGAGCCGGGCCCCAGCCGAUCCCAGAAGAAGCUGGCAGUAGAUGAGCCUGUGCCUUCAGAGCGGCCGCCUGCUCAGGAGGAGAACUCACCAUCCUCGACCGCCCCAGGAGAGGACACUUCGGAGGCGGACAGCGAUUCGCCGCCGCAGAGUGAGGACCCUUUGCCACGAAUCCCACAGAGCCAGAUCCCACUUUGCAUCAGCCGCAUCUGUGACCGGGGCCUCAUACCUCGCAGCGUCUCGGCGCUGUUCGAGGCACUGGCCGGCCAACCUGAUCGAGAAGAGAUCGAGGUCUCAGUGUCCUUUUAUGAGCUCUACAAGGAUGCAGUGAUCGACCUCCUCUCGGAAAGGCGCCGCAAGGUGCCCGUGAAGGCCACGGAGAACGGGCCGCAGCUGGUGGGGCUGCUGCGUCAGGUUGUGGCCACAGAGAGUGAUGCCUACCACCUGCUUUUCCAAGGUGAUUCCAACCGACACUUUCAGAGCUUUGCGCAAAAUUCUGAGACCUCCCGAGGCCAUGUGUUUUACCUGGUCCACAUUGCUCACCGGACGACCGGUCAGCGGGCAGUGCUUGCAUUCGUGGACUUGGCUGCGACCAUUGCUGUGAGGAACCCUGCCAACACGGCCAUCGCCCAGAGCUUGGACGCUCUCAAGGCCACUUUGCUGGCGCUUAGAGAUGGUCGAGAGGCCUUCUGGGAGUCCUCCAUCCUGCCGCAGCUGCUGGAGCCAUGGCUCAGCCCUGGCUCCAAAUCGACGAUUGUGCUUUUGAGCCCGGUGCGUUUCUCCUCAGAUGUGCACCAGGAGGCGCAUGAGUGGCUCACCUUCACCCGGCUGGCGCAGGAAGCGUGCUGUGGCAAGCCCUUGCACAGCCCCUUGCAAGCUAACUGGUCCAAGAAGGGCUUGCAGGUGCCUGCUAGCUUCCAAGAAGGUGCAGAGACGACGGAUGCAAAGCCAACGGGUGAGGCAAAUAAGAAUGAAGGUGUCGAGGGUCCACGAAUAGAGGGUGCGCAAACUCCGCCUCAGACUUUGGGGAAGGUGUUGCAUGCUGGCUCCUACCAGCCACAGGUGUCCGGCGCGGUCACCCCGCCGGCACCGAAUCCACAGGAAGUUGUCAGCCCCGUCGUGGGCUCCAGGACUCCCGUGAUGGUCAACCGCGUGGCUUCGCCGUGUCGAAGCGCGCCCAGGCCUGUCCAAGCAUUCACGCUUCCAGAGGCCUCCAUGAUCCAGCGCCCCGCAUCACCCACGAGGGCGUUGGUUCCACAGGUAGCUUCUCCGCAGGCAUCUCCGCCGAGGAACUUAUCCCCUUUGAGGCAUGCCGCUCUUCAGGUACAGCCGCUGUCGCCGCCGGCGCAAUGCAGGGAUGGGCAUAGCCUCGCGCAGCCUCAACAGCAGCACCCUGGCCAGCACGCGAUGUCACGGCCCAGUGCUUUGGCAGUGGCGGGCUCGGUUUUGGGAGGUGUGCUCAUGGGUGCCUUCUUUUGCUACCUCUCCCUGCGCAUCGCCGUGCGGGCGGACGUUAAGCAACCGCUCACGGCAAUUUGGCGCUGCGCUGGCGAUACCCUGCAUCCAAUGGUGGCCGCGUGGUGGAAGGAGGUCAAGCAGUGGCCCGAGAUGAACAAGCGGCCACUCUCAGAUCGGAUUAAGCUGUGCUACCUGCUCAACGUGGCGAUGUGUUUGGCUCAGGCAGCAGCAUGCUUCUUCACAGUCUUCCGCUGGUUGCACGUGAACAAUGUGAAUGGCAUGCGGUACCUGGGCUAUGCCUUCACUUGUGCUCUGAUGCAAGCAGAGCUGGUGGUGCUCAUUGCCCCCUAUGUGCCCUGCUACAAGCUCAACAUGAUUGCUGUGAUGGUCUUCACACAUGUUUGGCUCCUUACGGGCUGGAUCGGCUCUUUGCAGAGCGGCUUCCUUUUUGAGGAUUCCAGCUGGAAUUCGUUUGUGGAGAACUACGACGCCUCUGUGUUGAUCGUGACCGACAAGGGCCUGCUUAUUGGUGCGACUGCAACCGGCUUGUCGAUCAUGAUGUUUAUUCAGAUGCCCAUGCUGUUAAUCAUGUACAUGUGCAACGGGGGCUACAAAGCGCAUCCGGACCUGCCUUACAACUACACGCGUUUGCUGUUCACAGUGUGGCUCACCUGGCCGGCCUUCCCUUGUUGGUGGCUUGUGUCCGCGGAGGGCCUGGGGCUGCUGGCGGAUGCCAAGUCGAAUGCGCUGGGCUUCGGCGUCCUCAACUGCAUCUCCAAGGGCUCUUUCACCUACGUCAUGCUGAUGAUUUGGACGGACCACAAGAAGCGCUGGCCCAGGCCACCCUCAGCUCCCAAGAGCAAGUCGCAAGAGCUGGGCUGGCUGGUGAAAUCUCUGAAGAGCUUCGACUCCCAACCGCCCAACCCGGUGAAGGCGGAAGAAUCCAUUCCUCAGAGCUUGGACGACGCAGAGGUGAAGCCGACAAAAUCGACAAAAUCAAAUGACUGGUGA